AACUUAGGUCUCGAUACUAUAGAUGAUAAUUUUAUAGAGGACGUGGUUGAUGAACCACAAGCAACUUUAAAAGCUAUUUUAGGUGAUAACGGGAUAUCAAAUAUUAUUGAAAUGUGGAGAAUUCGUAGGAUCGGUGGACUUUCACGUAAAGAAAAUUUGGUAGUACUUUUUAACGAUGGAUCCCAUAUAUACACAUAUCAAGUACUUGAAAACUCACCAUCUCUUACAGCAAUAGAGUCAUCCGUAGAUACUACAAUUCAAGUGAACUUAAAUCUUCAAAGUUUCAAGGUUCUAACUAUAGUACAAGUGUUCAAAAAAUUACUUCUCAAAGAAAUAGAUUUGGAGUCGCUUUUUCAAUGGCUAAAACCACAAUUAACGUCGCUUUGGAAACUAAAA